AUGCAUUAUCAAGUACAAGUUGCCCUUUUCAUAGGCGAAGGUCUUAAUCAGUGGCAUGUUACGCAUGUGAGCAAGGCGUCGCGGAUGCCCGCUGUAGUGAACCCAAACAAUGAGCCGAUCCAUUUUGCUGAUUUCUGUUUCGCAAUCCGGGCGUAUUUUGGGCAUUAUCCUCCCUUUCAAGGUACAUGUGCCAGGAUUACUGGCUUAUCUAGUGUGUGCAAGAUGCAACUGCUAGUCGAUAAGCCAACGGUAAUCAAGUCAAAUCGUAUUCUGGGGUACGAGGCUCGCAUCAGGACUGAAGAAGCCAUUCGCUUGAUCUGUGCAAGAAAGCAGAGACUAUGA